GCUUGUGCAUAGGAGACAUAUCGAGUUAGCCUUUAUUAUUGGCAAACGCUUUGCUCAAGUAAUGCAUGAUGACAAAUUUUGCAAAAGUAGUUUUUUUUUAAAAGCAUACCCUUUUUUUUUGUUGAUGACAGCAAUAAGGUUUGGUUUUUAGUUUUUGAACCAAGGGUUUCGAUAGAUACCAAACUAUGAACCUUCAUUUUCUAUUGAUAUUUAUAUCUACAGAUCAAUUUUAUGUCAGAAAUUUAUCGUCAGCAAGCGACCAGAGUGACAAACUGAUACAAAUAGAGAACCGACUCGUGAAGAAGUUUGAUUACGUAUAUUUGAUGCCUUUUUUAUGUGCUUUGAACUUAAUACAGUCCUUUGAUAAAACUGCCCUUAAUUUUUCGGCCGUUCUGGGAAUCAAACAAGAUGCUUCUUUAAGCGAUACAGAGUUUGCUUGGCUAGGGUCCAUCUUUUACAUUGGCUAUCUAUGCUUUCAAGGACCAAGCGCCUAUUUGAUACAGAAAUUACCUAUUCAUCAAUACUUGGGUAUUUUAAUUGUCAUUUGGGGCAUUGUACUCGGUUUCACAGCAAUGGGUAAGAACUUUGCACAGCUGCUUGCGUUUCGUUUCUUUUUAGGUGUAUUUGAAGCAGGCGUUUUUCCAUGUACAGUGAUGCUAAUCAGUCGAUUUUAUCGACGUCAAGAACAAGCAGCUCGUAUUGGAUUCAUUUAUGUGUUUGCAGGAAUUGCCAUGUCAACUGGAGGUAUUUUAACUUUUGGAAUUGGACACAUGAACGGCGUAAUGGGUUUGAAAUCUUGGCAAUGGGUGAUGAUAAUUUUAGGUUGUAUUACGGUAGUGUUUGGUGCGACCUGUUUCUUUUUCAUGAUAAGCGAUCCUGUUUGUAUUGCAACAACACCAAACGAGUUUAUCGUGAUUGAAUCACGUAGUAACGACAAUUAUGUGUUUGUCACUCAAAAGAUAAAACUGGAGCAUAUUCUAGAAGCAUUGACCGAAUGGAGAUAUUAUUGUUAUAUGUUCUUUUCAUUCUUGGUCUCGCUCCAAAGUGGGGCAUUAGGUGUCUUUAGUUCUAUCAUCACAAAAGGGUUCGGGUUCUCUGAUUUGAAUGCUAUUUUACUAAGUAUGCCUAGCGGGUUUGUAAAUUCAUGCUGUAUCUUUAUUGCUUUGUUAAGUCAGCAACGCUUGAAAAAUUCUGCGCUCCAUUACUCUGCUUGUGCUUCAUUAUUCAUUUCGGCUCUAGGUCUCGUUCUUUUGUUAGUGAUCCCAUUACCUCAAGCGAAACUUGCGGGGCUUUAUUUAUGCUACGCUUCUGUCGUGGCAGUGAUCAUGAUCACUGCUUCGGUCACAAACAAUGUGUCAGGAUACACAAAGAAGAUCUUUUAUAACAUCUCUAUCGUCAUCUUUGCCACUCUAGGCAGUUUUACAGGCCCACAUCUGAUGCGAGAAGAUCAAAAGCCUCUCUAUAUAGGGGGUCUUGUAACCUAUAUAGUGGCUGAUCUAUUAUCCAUUGUACUCCUGCUUGUGGCAAGGCGUGAUAUGUUCAAAAAGAAUAAGACUCGCUUGCUUCAUCAAUUGCAAAAAGACGAUGAUGAACAACUUGAUAUGACUGACAAACAAGAUGAAUCCUUUAUCUAUCGACUUUAAAAACAGCUAUCGAAAUAAAGCUAUUUUUUUUAU